GCGGGGAAGUGCACCAACAGACUGGAACCAUGUAAGAUCGGAAGUUCGCGCUGAGGGCACCCGAUACUCGCCAUUUGCCAUUGCCGAUUUAGGCGAGCCAUGUAGUGCAUGCACGACGUGAUAGUUAGUCCAAGAGGAGAUGGACGCCAUAGGGUUUCUCAGAGGGGCAGAGUGUGGAGACAGAAUGGGAUGGGUAUUUAAGAAGGGGACUUGGGACAUGGAAAGGCAGAUUUAUUGAAUCCAUUGAUAAUUUUAUUGUGAAAGUGAAAGAGACUUUGUAAACGAGUGCAACAUGGGUACGGAUCUGGUUUAUGUUGCCGUACUGGCGAUCUUGACUUUAGUUGGGGGAAAUGUGGUUUUCACGCUAUUCAAACGAACUCGCUCACCUCUCUCUGCAAUCCCAGGGCCUUGGUAUUCCAAAUACACGGAUCUCAUUCUUUCAUACCACUGGAUCCGUGGCCACCGCGCCUUCUACGUCCACGACCUUCAUAGGAAAUAUGGCCCUGUAGUCCGCCUCUCCCCCACCGAAGUCGACUUCACCGCACUCACCGCCGUAAAACGAAUCCACAGCUUCACAAACCCGUUUCUCAAAUCUCCGUGGUAUAAAAACUUUGUUUCGAGCCCCUUCCCCAACGUCUUCAGCACGCUUGAUCCUGUCUUCCAUGCCCGGCACCGACGCUUGCUGUCCGCACCCCUGAGCGACAAUUCUCUGAAGACGGUUGGAGCGUCGGUUGUGCGAGAAAGAAGCGAACUAACGGUGCAGAGGAUCGGCGAGGAGAUGAAGGUGAGGGGGUGUGCGGAUGUGUUGAAGUGGUGGUAUUUUAUGGCGACAGAUAUUAUCGGGGAACUGAGCUUCGGUGAUAGUUUUCGGAUGGUCGAGAUUGGAAAGAAAACCCAAUAUGCGUUGGAUCUGGAGCGAGUCGCGAUGCUAGGCGCCUGGCGCUCCAUGCUCCCGACGCUUGUCAAAAUCGCUUAUUACCUGCCCCUUCCAGUUUUGAAUGAAGCAGCCAGAGCGGGGCAAAGGCUUGGAUUAUAUGCUGAGAAGUCGAUCCAACGGUAUAGGUCUAUGGAGGCUGCAGACCCCCAUAACGUCAAACCCACGCUCUUCACUAAACUUUAUCGCGCUGGCGACGAAGGGCUCUCGCCUAUGGAAAUCAAGGCCGAGGCGCAAGCGUAUCUCAUUGCAGGUACUGACACAACGGCGAAUACUCUGACGUUCCUUAUUUGGUCUGUAUGCCGCCAAAAGGAUAUUCAAAAAAAACUUGUGGAGGAACUCGCAGGACUGCCCGAGGACUUUGGAGAACAGGAGUUGAGAAGUCUUCCAUACUUGGAUCAGGUAAUUCAAGAAACCCUACGGUUGUAUUCGGCAGCUCCUUCAGGACUUCCGAGAGAGGUGCCGCCAGGUGGGGUGGAUUUAGAAGGGUAUUAUAUGCCUGAAGGAAUGACAGCGACGACGCAGGCAUACAGCUUCCACCGAGACCCAGCGAUCUUCCCAGAGCCAUACAGGUUCAACCCUUCGAGGUGGGAGCAUGAGACGAAGGAAAUGAAAGAAGCAUUCAUGCCAUUUGGCUGUGGUGCUCGGAUUUGCAUAGGUCUGCACCUCGCGCAAAUGGAGCUCCGUAAUGCAACAGCACUGUUUUUCCGCGCCUUUCCGAAUGCCAAAGUUUCGCACCUCGAGGGUAUGAGUGAUAAGGACAUGGAACCAACCAUAUACUUCCUGCAUGUUCCAAAGGGGGAGCGGUGUUUGAUUCAGGCAUCCUGAUUCGCUAGACGAGAGCAGAGAAGGGGCAUAUUAGUUAUCCGAGAGGUGGAGAUGGGUUUCCAUCGUAACAGAAUGAGAAAAUAGUUUGGUGAGAAAACGUAGGGAUGCCGGUUAAAUCGCCUGGAAUUAAUGACGUUGCAAGCUAGGCUGAAGCUAAAGGCAGCAAGGGAGUGCGAUGCUAGAUUGUUGAAUAACGACGCCUAACUUAACGUUCUGUUCACCCACGAAGAUGACUGAUUAAAGUUCCCA